GAGAGCGGGGCUGGAGCCUGGGGUUCCUUGCAGACAGUCCUCCCCUCGCCUUCGCAGUCAGCUCUUUGCCUCCCGGUACCCCUCCACUCCUCCUAGUCUUCCUCAGCCUACUCCUCCCUCCUUCGCUCCCUCCCUCGGCCCCCCUCCUCCCCGCCCCCUCCUUCCCUCGCCCCCUGCACUGGCUCGGCUGGCUCAGGGCUGAGUCCAGAGCUCUGCAGUGUGACUGGGCGAUGUGACUUUUCACACCAGCCCUCCAGGUGCACCCCAGCCCCCCCAGCGAGGCAAGGACUGGAUAAAGACGCCUCCCAGCCCCCCUCCCAGAUCCACCUCAGACCCCCCACCGGAGCCGCGCCUUUGCCACACCUCGGGCUCCCUCUCCGCUGACUCCCCCCGGACGCCAAGCAACCUUCGCUCUUCCUUCUAUCUCACCCCGCUCCUUCCUCCUCUAACCCCGUCCUUCUCCCUCUUUUUACCAUCCCUCCCUCCUAAUCUCCCUGAGCCCAUCCUGGGAAGAAGAGCGCUUGGGGGGACUCCCAAAUCGCAGCCCCGGCAUUGGGAGGGGACUCUGCCUCACGCCCUUUCCGUCCUCCCCCGAUCCGAAGCAGCGCCCCCUCCCCACCAGUGCCCUCCCAGACCUCCCGGGGGUCAGAACCAUGGCGGCUGGAGGUAACCGGGGGUCCCAGGCGUCCACCUUCGUCCGGUGCUUCGGAGGCGCCCUGCUGCUGCUGCUGAGCCUCCGCUGCCUGUCGGUGACGGCUGACGGAAAACUCUUUGUGUUGGAAUCCUGGAAUGGUUCUCAGGGCCUGGAUCUGUCUAUGGCUCGGGCCUCCUGUGAGGCUUCGGGCGCUCACCUGGCCACAGCGGCAGAGCUGCGCCGAGCCGUGCUGGAAUGUUCCUUUGCCACGUGCACCACAGGCUGGCUGGCAGAUGGCACCGCCGGGACAACGGUGUGCGGCAAGAUAAGUGGGGAGCAGCAGAGUCUGAAAGCUGUGGACGUGAAAAUUGAAAGUGAGCUGAUUCCUGGCAACAAAUAUGAUGCCCUUUGUGUCAAGGAUGAAGAUAAACCGUGUGGGGAUCCCCCUUCCUUCCCUCACACCAUCCUACAUGGCCACACUGGAUUUGAGAUGGGGGAUGAGCUGCUGUAUGUCUGCGCUCAGGGCUACGUCAUGGGUCACAAGGAAACUGCCUUCACCUUGCUCUGUGACAGCUGUGGGGAAUGGUAUGGACUGGUACAGGCCUGUGUGAAAGAUGAAGCUGAGACACAUAUUGACUAUGAAGAGAAUUUCCCCGAUGAUCGAUCAGUGCCAUUCACAGAUCACAAGAAGGAUCAAAAUAAGGAGGAAAAGAAGGAGAGCGGGAGCCAGGAGGAAGCCUCCGAUAAACUAAAACAGGGUUAUUCCAUCUCUGUUUCUCUAGGAAGAGAAAGCAUGGCUGGCAACAAAGACAUAAAGACGAGGGGCCUGCCUGGAGGAGAAGGCAGAGCUCCCACAGAAUCUCCCAUCUCUUUGUUGAGCCAGAAACAUUUGUUUUGGUUUCCAGCUGAGGGUUUUCAUGAGCCUGAGUUGGAGAAGGAAAUGAUGGAGGAGAAGGCCCAGAAGCAUUUUUCCGAUGGCGAUAACCAUAUUGGAGUGAAAUCCAGACACCACGAGCCGGGUACCAAAAUGAUCUAUGACAGUGCUGACUUCCCCAUUGGCCCAACCUUGGUCAGAAAUGAUACCAAAGUUGGGGAGCACAUUGUGAGCAGUAGUGAUGAAUCCUGGUUGGAUGGCUACCCCGUCACCGAUGGGACAAGAGAGGAAGAAGAGGAAGAUGAAGGGGACAAAGGAGAUGGCUCAGUGGGUCUGGAUGAAAGCAUUCUGCUUAUGACUGACCAGCCCAACCACGUAGAAGUAAAAAAAUCCAGCAAUACCAUGUUCACUAUAGGUGAAGACAUAACCAUCACUCUGAUGAGAACAUUGGACUAUGGCCCAGUGACCUUCACACCUACCACUGCCCCUGAGAAUGUGAGUCCCAGCAAAGGAGUAAGCGAUAUGGUCACAUAUGAGUCCACCGUGCCUUGGGGAUUUGCAACGGAUGAAUCUCCGGUGUCCACCUUACUCUAUGACCUCGCCAACUCGACCCCGGGGACGAUGACGAUAGCAGAUUCCCAGCCCCUGGACCACAUCCCAUCACCCAGAGAUGCUGAGAGAGAGGCUACCACGCCCCCUCCCGCCCCGACCACCGUGAUGAGCACCCAUGAGAGCUUCCCAGACGUGCCCUCUGAGAGAUUCAUGGAGCAGGAGCUUCCCACUUCAAGUGUAAAAGAAGAGCCUCUUCCAACCACCGAGUCUUGUGUGGGCGAGGAUUGCUCAAGUGUCAGCAAAGGUCCGGUGAUUGCCGUCAUAGUAAUCGUCCUGUGUCUGCUGCUGCUGCUGGUGGUGAUCAGCGCCGUGUGGUGCUACAGACGGCGACAGCAGAAGAGCUCGGUGUAUAAGCUGAACGGCAAAGGUCAGACACGGCACUAUCACCAGCAGAUUGAGAUGCAGAAGGUCUAACUGCCAUCGAGGCACUUGGCCCUUCAGAAGCUGGUGGAAAGGACCAUUAAACUCACCUGUGAACCGGGACAGUUCUGUCGGGUGUGCCUUGGGUGGGGCAAGGAAAAUGGCUGACUCACCCAAAAGAACACCUGACUAAACUGACAUUUUGAUGUUCCUUUCAAAGACCCUGAGGAACUCCACAGUGAACAGCAGAACUUAAGAUGCUCCAUCUUCUACUUCUCUAUUGCUUUCAGCAGAUGCAAAGGAGAAAGCAAAUCCUGGCUGGCAAUGCUAUUAUUAUCUUUCCUGUGACGUUUUUCACCAAUAAAAAGCCUCUGUUUUUGUCCUCGUUCCCAAAUUGAAGGAAAACAUCCCUGUUUGGAUUGAUCAUCCUGUCUUUCUUUAAAAAGAAAAAAAAAGUAAUUGGCCCCAUCUUUCAAAUUGAUGAGAUAGAUGACAUUAAUGAGCCAGAAUUUUGAGGCCCGUGUUAUCUAAGAUCUGGAUAUCUUAUUGCCAAAUAGGGGCCUGGAAAGAUUGAUCAUGCCAUUGCCUUAUUAUUUUGUGGUGUUGCCCAGAGAGAAUAAAUUAGCUCAAUUUGGAGCCUUUGGCUCUGGGAUGGCAUAUCUAAAAAUUGCAAAGCAAAGGAGUUUUCGAGACUUUCAGGGGUGUGAAUGUGAAGGAGAGUACCCUUCCUGACCCUGAGACAAAGACUUGACUCUAUUCUGUAUUUUGUGGUGUCAGCUACAAGCUAAUCAGCUCAACUUUCUUUGCAGAGCAAUGACCUGGUUGUUCUUGGAUGCAAGAGCUCAGUGCCAUCUCUGUCUCCUUGAAAGGGAUGGUAGAAACCAGUCACUGGCACUCCUUGCCACAGAGGCACUUCUUUACCCUGAAUCUGGGAGACAGACUUAUGAAAAAAAGCAGGGGAAAUGUAAAGGGGGAAGGAAGGAAGGUAGCCAGGGUGGCUGCUUCCUUAUAGCAGAGAGGCUGAGGAUUUUGAAACGGCCACAAUUGGGAGCUCUACCCAACCAGGUACUUUGGUCUUGCUUUCCAUAGCCCAUUCUGAAACACUAAACCAGGCAUCUUUUGGGAAGCGCAAUAUUUCUGGCAAAGAAGAAAUGAAUUCAAAUAUAGACACGAGAGAGAUCAGAUGAUGAAGCAGAUGUACAUAAAAGACAUUUUCUUCUCUCUUUCUAAAACCUAUUUGUUUUGUUUCACAAGAAACCAGCACAUGCAUUAGUGGCAGCAUGGGGGAGCUGCCUAAAAACCAUGCUUGUCCUUUACAACAGAUUGUUGCCACUGUGGCCAAUAAACCCAUCAGCCUUUUCCAACAUGAAUAACCUAAUUAGAAAUAACUUUCAAUGGUAAAUGGUUGGGGUGUGGGGGUGGAGGGAGGAAAAGAGUGGAUAAAGGAGUCAAGAUUUCCUAUAACACCGGGCUCCUUUAUGGAGUUGCAAAAUCAACUUUUAGCAUUUUGCUUAAAACAUUUUUAAAAAGAAACAUUUGAAACUUGUCUACACUUUUACUAGAUCAGCUCUUUGGGGUGCAAGCUUUGUAAAGAGAACAAUAGAUCAGUUAGCUGAUCAGAUAAAUUACAAGGACAAUCUAGCAUAUCCUCCCUCUGUGGAAUCUAUUUAGUCACCAUCAGUAGAUAAACCUAAGAGCCCAGCUGGAAAACUAUAAAUGAGAACAAAUUUGGAACGAUGGGAAUGAAGUCUAGUUUUGCUGGAUGGGUAUAGCCAAAGCAAAAACAAAACAAAAUAAUAAAAACUGGAAACUGUACAAAUUUGUAAAUAUUUUUCCCUAAUAUACUUCAAAGUAACCUUUAUGCUUUCAGUGAAUUCAAGAAUGCAAAAUAACCUCUGUCUCAACAUUAGAAUUGCCAUUGUAGACUAUUUUUUAAGCAGUAGCUGAAAAAUACUGAAUUUACACUAACCCAUUUAAUGAAUAAUGUGACCACGUAACUGAAAAGUACAUACUAUGUCUCAUCUGUGUGGAAAUAUACUGCAAAAUAAAUACAAAACCAUUGGUAUUUAA